CUCAGUGUCGCAUGCGUUAACUCCAUGGUCCGCGGCGUCCGGGGCGGCCUUCUCGCUCGCGGGGUGCUGUGGUUGGCCGACGUGGUGGUUCGGGCCAUUCUGCUGCCUCGGCUGCUGUGUCUGGUCGAUCCGUACGUAUGGAGGAUGCUCCUGCCUCUCAUCAUCGGUCGUUCUGUCGGGGUGGCCGUUCUGUAGGAUCUUCUGGUUCUGCAUGUGGCCGCUCCUUGCCGUUUUCUGGUUCUGGAUGCACGGCGGAUUUUGCGUCGUGAUUUGGGUCUUCUCUCACCGCUCGAGCUUUGGGCACGACCAGCAGAGGAAGACGACCGGCCAUCGGCAACGGAAGACGAGGUGGGCAGCCGCUCCAAGCACGAUAUCAUGUUCCAAGUGAGCGGAUGUCCACGGAGGCGCGCGCGAUGAUGAGGGUGUUCGCGUCUGGAGGUGAUGGCUGCAGGAGUCUCCCGGACAGUGAGACUGGACGUGAUGGUGCCAGCGAUCGGUGAGGUCCCGACGGCGCGCAGCGUGGCUUGCACCGGAGCUGGCGAGGCCAUGGCGACGGUGAGCACGGGGCACGCUGACACAGCAAGGCCAUGGAGUGGCUCAUGAAACGUGUCGAUCGGUGCGGGUCGGCCGUGGGCGGUGUGCUUCGGCAAAGCUCACGUCGCUACUGUGGCGGGUAAUCUCCGUUUGCGCCGUCUGUGCAUGAUGUACGUGUUCGGGUUCACGCAGUGCAGGGAACAUGUUGUCCGUGACCUUCCUUGGCAAGCGGACGCCAAGUUCGGUUUCGGACCAUCGCCUACGUCCUGGUCCAUGACGGCGCGCGGAGGCGGCGCCCUCUUCUGUAGUGUCCAAUGUUAGUGCACUGGUCUGCGCUGCCGAGGGACGUCUCCUUGCCCCACGCCGGGGAGCAUGGGCGUCCUUCCGUUCGGCCGUCACUGCAGAAUGCGGUGAGGUAUCAUCUUCCCGUUUCGAUUCAUCCCAUACUAAAUACCUCCAUCCUUACAUGUAUGGUUGUAUCUCAAAUUCGUCAUGCGUGAUGAAUGAUUUUCUAGGUUCGCGUAGUUUACAUUUGCUUUUUUAGUUUGGUUGAUUCCAUGUGUAAAUGGACUGAGGAGUGAUGAGAGAGGGAGAGGCGGAGAAGGGGCCACCUGAGGCGGCCGGACUACCGCCGCCGCUUCCUCGAUCCUCGCCAGGCGGAGGUGCAGGCGCACAUCAGAUCCAUCUGUGCUCUCUUAGUCCCCUAGCGGCGGCGCCGUCGGGAGGAAAGGAGGGGCCGACGGGAUCGGGUGAUGACCGCGGCGACCUGCCGCAUGGUGAGAUCAGACAGGAGGAGGCACGAUGGGUACAAUGGCGGGCGAUCUUCUCCGACGAGACGGAUCCGGUCAUUUGGAUCGAAGGACGUCUUCGAUUUACUCCACGUUCGUGAUGGAUGGCUCUUCUCGAUCUGGAGAACGACGUCCUCGCUGCUGGAUUUAGCUGGAUUUACACCCGAAGGCACCGGAGAUGAUUGAUCUGAUGGAGCCAAUGGUUCAUACACGACCGGGAGGACGGUUUUGGGCGCUUCUGGAGAGCGACGACGAAGAGCAGGUGGAGGGUCAUGUCCCCAUGAAGAAUGCCGGAAUGCCCCUAGCCUCGCAGAGUGUUGUUUCGUUGCCGGAGCCCAAGAUCACGACCAAUCGGCGUUGUUCAAAAAUUCAAACUACCAAACCGGCCAUGAAGCCGUGGAGCGGACCGAUUCCUAAGGUAAUGAGAGAACCGGUAACGUUGUCAGAUUUCUUGCCGGAAAAUUGGACUCUUGUCACGUGGAAAGAAGAAAGGCAAGAUUGGCCGGCCACCGCCGCCGCCUAGAUCGCCGGUGGCGAGAUCGGCGAGCGCUGUUCGAGCGGCCAGACGGACUCGUUUGAACACGUUAUUGGGCUGUGGGCCUGAGCUGGAUGCAACGUCGGAUGUUACGAUGGUCGUGGGUCCUCCAGGCGCGGGCGAGGCCCAGCCAGAGGCCCAAGCCUCGUGCCAUCCCGAUCGGACAUACGUGCAUGUAUCGCCGCUGCCUGUCGUCUCUACGAGCGAGUCUAGGGUUCCAGGUCCGGGUUUUCCUUCGCUCGGCACAGGACGGGCAAGGAGGAUCAUGUAUGUUGGCGGCAUGGCAGGACAAGGGCCGCCGCCCGUCAAGCGAGGCCCAGCUCCCGCCGGUGGCACUUUUUCUCCUGGCGGGGCUAGUCGUGGAACUUUGCCGGCCAAUAGGGCUGCCGCCACGGACGCGGUCGGUCGUGCCACUACGCCGAUCGCUGGCGCUGGUGCUGUUGGCCACGGUGCCCUGCUUGUGGGUGGUGUUGGCCGCGGUGCCCCGCCUAGUGGUGGGGUUAGCGGUGUUGGACGGGGCAGCUUGCCCCCUCCAAGGCCAGCGGCGGGGGGAGGGGUGCAACCCUGAGUCGGGAUCGGCUGGGGUGUUUCGUCCUCUGCGCGGCAGGGAGGGCGAUGCAUCUGGUUCUCUGGUGCCGACGCAUGUGCCCAGACCAAACACGCGCCAGCCGGAUGAAGUGGUGCCGCUGCCAGCAGCUAAGGCACCGGCCCUAGGAAGGGGUCGCGGCGUGCAAGGGCGUGGUGGAUACAGUGGUUACAACAAAGAUGGACAGAAUUUCAACCGAUACGGGCAGUGGGGAGACGAUGGAUAUGAUGCAUAUGGUGAGGGACUACACCGUGGAUCUUUGUCCGGUGGCGGUCGUGGAUAUAACCGACAUAAUGAUGAGGACACCGGACAUUUUCAAGGUCCGCCCGGUAAUUUUGUUGAAGGUGUUGCCGGACCCAGGGAUCGCUUCCGAGGUGGAUAUCACCGCGGUGGGAGAGGGAGACGCCCACCACCGCCUCGACACUACCCACCGCCACCAGCGCCUGCUACGGAUAUGGCUUCGGGGGAGGAGCUCGAGCACAUAGCGGAUGAGGUGGGAGAUCCAUCCACGCUACCCGCGGCGGCAGUUGACGCGGUUAGGGCUUUGGCAGCAGUGCAGGUUGCGGUGACUUCUGGAGAGACUAAAUCUAGGGAUGGCACGUCUGACAAAGGGUCGGAGAAAGCGGAGGGAGAAAAACUCUCUAAAUGGGCGAUUAAGAAGAAAAAGUUGCCUUGCUAUAGAUGUGGUGAACCAGGUCAUUUCAUGGCAGAGUGUAUGAAUGAACUUUGUGACUAUUGCCAACGCUCACAGCAUGUGACCGGGGCCUACCCUCUCCUCUUCGGUCCUAAGCCUGGUAUUAACAUUUUUGAGGUCUGUUGUAAAGAGUUGAUGUUCUUUGAGACACCAGAGGUGGACCCUCUAUCGCAGAUGGUUGAGAGUUCCUUCCCGGCAGUAAUCAAAGUUACUAAUGGACAGUUGACCGAGGCUCAGAUCGUGAGACAGCUACGUGACUUAGUGCCAUGUAAUUAUCAAUGGCAUCUGGAACAGUUAGAAAGUCGGACUUAUAAGGUGGACUUUCCAACUAAAGAGGAUCAGAUGCAUUUUCUUAAGUGGGGUCUAUGCAGAGUCACAAGCACCAACGUCAUUAUCGCUUUCGAUGAGUGGAAGCAGGAGGAACCGGAGGGUACACCUUUGGAGAAGGUGUGGGUUUGUUUCUAUGGCGCGCCACCUAAAUGGAUAAAGCAGUUUUUGAUUGCUUGGAGCUUGGGUGCUAUGAUUGGUAAGAUAGAAAAGGUUGACAUGCCAUUCACUCAUGCACAAGGAGUUGCGAGGUUGUUGGUCAGUGUUGUGAGUGUUGAGCAUAUACCAGAUGUGGUCAGAUGAACACAUGCUGGAGUCACUUAUGUAUUAGAGCUUGAGAUCGAGGAUACUGCAGUUUCCCAGGAUGGGGACGGAACAUGGGACAUGGAUACGACUGAGGGAGGCGACGCGCCCGAGAAUCAGGAUAAGGGGGGCGAUGAUACACUGCCGGAGUUGUACAAGGGGCCUAAUACACAGCCAGAUAAGGUAUAUAGUUCUACCAAAGAGGCGCCCCCGUCCACUACUCCGAUGAACACGCUUCACUUUGGUUCAUUUGCACCGGGGUCCGCUCCUAGUCGGUUAUGGAGCACCAGGGUCGAGGCAGACGACUCAGCGGAGCUUGAGUUGCCACCAGUGCCGAGUCUGGCCGGCAAGGUGACGACUGCAGAGUCUACACCCGGUGCGAGGGUGGACCCUAAUGGGUCGGCCGCGGGUAUGGGGGUCGUGGGCAGGAAGCCCUUAGCACCCAGUUACAUGCGCCCGACUUCUCUUCGGUGGGAGGGGCGCCUGGACAGGAGGUCGCUGGCGUUCCUCUCACUUCGGCGUCUCCGGUCGAGCUGGGGGUGAGGUGCGGGAAGGAGUCCCGUGCUGUAACCCCUCCACAGGACCCCACCAUCCAGAGUGGUGAGCUGGGGGUGAGGUGUGGGAAGGAGUCCCGUGUCGUAACCCCUCCGCAGGAUUGUGCCUUGCAGGUUGGCCGGGGGACGACGGUUUCUACGGGGGAAAGGGGGGACGGGACCAGUGAGCAGGCGUCUCCAUGGUCCCACUCACCCUUGACCUCUACAGCUGAGGCCCGCUCCACUACGCCCUACCCUCCUUCACCAACGAUAAGGGAGGGCGUGGGAGUCCUGACCAUACCCCUCGAGAGAGGACGACGGAGGAGCUCAUCGCUUUUCGCAGGAUAGCGGAUCUGGUGUCGGCUGGUAGGCGUGUCAGCAACCGG